AUGUUCGACACCGAUGGAUCGGGCGCUAUUGGGUCCGAGGAGCUAAAGAAAGCGAUGCGUGAGCUUGGGGUCGGAAUGAGUGACGAGCAUAUAGAGAACAUUAUUCGAGAGGUAGAUUCUGAUGGAAAUGGAGAAAUUGACUUUGAUGAGUUUUGUGCUUGCAUGAAGAAGUCGCAACGACUCGCCAAGGCCACAAAUGACGAGCUGAUUCGGGAAUGCUUCGAAAUUUUUGACCAAGACCGAAAUGGGGUGAUUACGGAGAAUGAAUUCAAGUACGUGGCCAAGGAGUUUGGCGAGUUCAGCGAUGAACUGGCGGACAAGGUAUUUCGAGAGCUGGACGUCUCCUCGGUUGGCCAUUUAUCCAUCGACCAAUUUGCCGCGAUCGUCGAGGAUUAUCUAUUUUCGGAGCGCUCAGAGUACGGUGGACCGGGUGGUCUGUCUCGCGACGCGAGUCUACGAAGCCUCGAGCGACCCGAACAGCAGCCCUGGACGUCUCGAAGUCGUGGAGGGACCCGCAGCGAGUGUCCAAGUGCUCGGAUUGAGUCCCAACAACGGGAACCAAUUGAUGAAGAAUCUGAA